UUCAUAAUAAUCAUAAAUAUGUUUUACAAUAAAAAUUUCUAGCCAAUUUAAAUAAGAAAAAAUAUUUAAUAUAUUUGAUUAUGGAUUAUUUAGGAGAAGCGAUUGCAUUAGCAAUCGAUUCGAUCAUAUUGGGGGCAUGUGUUAAAUAUUAUUUAAGAAGCAAACAUGCAAUGACUAUGAUACAAGGUGCUCCUAUAUUAGAUUUGGAUAAGAACCUUUCAGAAAUUGUUAAUACUCAUCCAGAUAAGAGACUGUCAUAUGUUUCAUUACGAGGAACAAUAAAACCUAUAGGAAACCCAAUUAUAAGUAAUAACAAUCCUAAAGUAGAGGGUGUAAUUCAGUUACUUAGUAUUAAGGAACACAUUGUGCAACGUAGUACAGCAGGAUUUUGGUCUGACCAUGAAAGAACUAUACAAGAAGUGCAUAAUGUUAUGCCAUUUGUUAUUGAAUCAAAGGGAUAUCAGGUUGAAAUAGUGGACCCCCUUGCAGCAGAUGUAUUAGAUAUGGAUGUUAUAUCAGAUAUAUUUCAUCCUACAGUUCCAAGUGUUAUGGAUCAUAUUUGGGGAUUUUUUGCUGGAUUGAGACAAAGAGGUAUUCAAACAACUGAAAGAAUGCUUAGGAAAGGAACAAGAAUAACAGGAAUUGGAGAACUAGUGGCAUCAGAAGAUGGAAAAACUCUAAAGCUACAACCUCCACAAAAUGGAGCCCCCUUUUAUCUAACAACAAUGCAGGUUCCCUCUCUAGUUAAAAAAUUGGAAGAUAGUAAAAGGAGUUACAGGCUAUUAUGUAUCAUUUUUGGCACAAUAGGAGUAGUAAUAGGGGGGCUGAUGGUACGCAGAUACUGGAAGAAUAGAUGUAAAAAAUUGGAUGAAGAAAGAAGACGAAAACUAUUAGAGGUAUCAAGAAAAGAGAGGCGAAGAAGAAUGAGGGAUGAAGAACUUCCAGAAUUUCAGUUGUGUGUUGUUUGUAAAGACAAUCCUAAAGAGAUAAUUCUCUUACCUUGUGGACAUGUUGCUCUGUGUGAGGAUUGUGCUGAAGGCAUUGGUGAUCUUUGUCCCGUUUGUAGAUCACAUAUAGAAAAAAAAUCUGCGGCAUAUUUGGCCUAAAUAACUUAUUUUCGGUUUUUUAAACUUGUUUUUAAUUUCUGUCAAAUAUAAUAUACAUACGUAUUUAAAUAACUCAGAUACUGUAAAUAAAAACUAUU